AAUCACGGGGCUCAAGUCGCGAGCACGAAGUUUACAGGAACGCGAACGUUCAUAGAUGUUGGUUCAAGACAUGUUGCGGAGUCGAAGACAAGCACGGUUCCACGUCUAAUCAGACAAACACCAAAUCAGCAGAUCAAGUUGAUGGAGCAGCGAACUUGCCGGAGGAAGGAAAUUGAAAACUGUGUACGGGCUCAUCUUUGUAUUACUAGCAACAUGGAUCUCGGACUUCCAUUUAGUUCUAGCUGUGCUGAAACGCACCAGGUUGACCUGAGAGUGAUCGUGAAAGAGGAAGAUAUAAAAGAGGAGGAGUAUGGUCUUAUGAUAUCAUGUGCAGAUGAAGAAGAAAAGCCCUUUGCAGAGUUUGACUGUAAAUCUGAAACAGACGUCACAGAGUCACCAGAGUCUACGUACAAUGAAAUGCUACAGACAACAGUGAAGACUGAAGUGAAGAAAGAGGAGGAGGAAGAGGAGGAACAACAUGAACAUCUGCUGGAAAGUGUAUCAGAACACACACAUGUAACGCAACAGAAGAUCCAUGGACAGAAUGAUGAACUCAACCUGCGACUCAAAGGAAAGCUGCACCGCUGUACAGUCUGCAGGAAGAGUUUCACGGCCCUGAGAGAACUUGAGAAACACCAGCAAACACACUCUGUUGGGGUGAAUGAAAAGAAGUCUCGCAAAAAGCCACAUAAAUACUCUCAUCGUAAAAAAGCAUUUACAACAGCCUCACUAGUUAAUCACCAUAUGCUUACACACACUGGAGAGAAGCCUCAUAAAUGUUCCCAGUGUGGAAGAGGUUUUACAUAUACAGCAACUCUUAAAAAUCACAUGCUAAUUCACACAGAGGAGACGCCUUAUAAAUGUUCCCAGUGUGGAAAAGCUUUUAGAACAUCGCAAUAUCUUCAACGCCACAUGCUCACACAUUCUUUAGAGAAGGCUCAUAAAUGUACCCAGUGUGGAAAAGCUUUUACAAUGUCCAUUUACCUUAAACUUCACAUGUCUGUACACAAUGGAGAGAGACGUCAUAAAUGUCGCCUAUGUGGAAAAUCAUUUAGAACAUCCCAAGAUUUUCAACGCCACAUGCUUACACAUACCGGAGAGAAGCCUUAUAAAUGUGUCCAGUGUGGAAAAGGUUUUGCACAAUUUUCAAAUCUUAAAAGGCACAUGCAAAUACACACUGGAGAGAAGCCUCAUGAGUGUGUCAAGUGUGGAAAAGCUUUUUCAAAAAGUUCAAAUCUUAAAGAUCACAUGUUAAUACACAUUGGAGAUAAGCCUAAUGAAUGUAGCCAGUGUGGGAAAGUAUUUACACAAAUGGAAACCCUUAAAACCCACAUAUUAACACACACUGAAGAGAAGCCUUAUAGAUGUGUUCAGUGUGGAAAAGCUUUUCCGCACCCUUCAAAGCUGGAAACCCAUAUGCUAACUCACACUGAAGAAAAGUCUCAUAAAUGUGUCCAGUGUGGAAAAACGUAUUCAAUAAUGUCUAGUCUUAAACGCCAUAUGGUAAUACACACUGGAGAGAAGCCUCAUGAAUGUAACCAGUGUGGAGAAGCAUUUAGACACCUCCAAACUCUCCAACAUCAUUUGCUAAUACACACGGGAGAGAAGCCUCAUAAAUGUGGCCAUUGUGGAAAAGCAUUCAGAACAUCCAAAAACCAUCGAUGGCACAUAAUUAAACAUACUGACAAGAGUCUUCAUAAAUGUGUCCAGUGUGGAAAAGCAUUUCCGGCCCCUUCAAAGCUUAAAACCCAUAUGUUAAGUCACACUGGAGAGAAGCCUCAUAAAUGUGUCCAGUGUGGAAGAGCUUUUUCAGUAACGUAUAGUCUUAAACGGCAUAUGUUAUUAUUACACACUGAAAGAGAUUAAAGAGGAGAUGAUGAUUAUGUUCAAAGUCAAAAUGGUGAGGUAAACAUUUGAAUUCACAAAUUUAAUUAAUUGUCAAAAAACUGUUUGAUUUAAUUCAUUUAAAUGUGAUUUGGUUAAAACAACUAGCCUGGCUAACGUCAGACCUCAUCUCAUUGAGAUGGGGUCUGGGAACUAGACAUUCAUUUUCUCGUAUUUGAAACGUGGUUUAUGAAUGCCCAGAGCCGUUUA